GGUUCAGUUCAGUCCACGAGCACAGGUGAGUCAGCCUCCUGGCCUGAUUGCCUUUAAGAAACGCAGAGAGGUGUAACCAGGGCGACGCGCAAAGCAGCUCCGCGUCCAGGCCGAUGACUCCCUGACUGACUGAAUGCUGCAUGGACGUUUAAAGGAACUGUGCUGUGACACCUGUUGGAGGAAAUAUAGCUACCCACACCAAGGGCAAAUAUCUCACACAAAGAAGGCUCGCAGCACGGUUGGAAAAACAUGAAGGUGCAAGUGAUCCUACCUCUGACUUUAGUCGUGUCGGUGGCUUUGGUGGGGCUCAUGAAAUUACGCAAAAAGGAGUACGACAAAGAAAACAGAUUAAACAAGUUUGAGGAUAUCAAGCUCCGGGUGACCUACGAUGUGCUGAGAGAGUAUGAGAGCGAGAAGGCAAGGAUGCAGAACCUGCUUGAGAAGACAAAGAGCGAGCACAAUGCGAUGGAGGAAGAAGUGAACAAAGUCGGCAUGAACGAAGAAAAGGCGAAGGGUGAGGUGGACAUCUGCCAGGGAGAGCAGAAAUCUGCAAGAGAUCAGCUGGCAACAGUAGAGACAGAAUUCAAUAGUCAACAAGCUGCAAACGAUAAGGAGAAGGCCAGCUGGAAAGCAGAAGAGGAAUCACUGAAAGUGCAACUAGCAGCACGGAGCUCUGUGUGUGACUUUGUGAAGACACAAUCAUUACAAGCAGCAAGUCAGUUGUGCGGCAAUGAAGUGAAAGUGGAAGAGCCUAAAGCAGAGGCCCCUAAGCAAGAGGAACCAAAGGCAGAGGCCCCUAAGCAAGAGGAACCAAAGGCAGAGGCCCCUAAGCAAGAGGAGCCAAAAGCAGAGGCCCCUAAGCAAGAGGAGCCAAAGGCAGAGGCCCCCAAGCAAGAGGAGCCAAAGGCAGAGGCCCCCAAGCAAGAGGAGCCAAAGGCAGAGGCCCCCAAGCAAGAGGAGCCAAAGGCAGAGGCCCCCAAGCAAGAGGAACCAAAGGCAGAGGCCCCUAAGCAGGAAGAGCCUAAAGCGGAGGCCCCUAAAAAGAGAUGACCUGCAUUUGAACACACAGAAUCUUGCUUUACUGGGUCGGUGUCGCAUGAAUAUUCUAUUCAAUCUGUUAUUUAUUUUUAUUCAACAACAUGACAAAGAGUGAAAACACAUUUGGAUGUGGGUCAUAUGUUGUAUUUGUAACUUUGCGUCACAAUGCAAAUCAUUUUGCUGGCUAGGUUAAAGAGUUCACUCACAUUUGUUGUAACUUAAAGGAAAUGUAAGAAUUGUUUGUCUGACCAUAAUUCAGUCUGGAUUUAAAGCAUAAAAAUUAAAUGUGAACAAACUUUGUUUUUAAAAAGGGGGUUGUAUGUAUGCAGUACCUUGUCAAAAUUUGACUAACUUUGAAUUUAACUUAAAUAAAUAUUCUUUUCCAAUAACAUAAA